AUGUGCAUUCAGGGAAGACGAUACAACCUUAUAAAAGAAGGAAGUUAUGGGUGUUACCGCAUCGUAGCGCUGAACACUGUCCCAAUUCCAGCAAAUCAAGAGGUUAUAAUAAAUGGCAGAGUGUGUGCGCCAGAGGCCAAAAGCAUUACGAAGAUGCAUGGUUUGGUGGAACCAAAUGAAAAGUUCGUGUCGACAGGUACUCCAGUCGGGAGGACCUUAGUUAAAGCAGACAGAGUUGCGCUGAACAUGGGACCAGAAAGUAAAACCAUUAACAGUGGCACUCAUAUUGGGAAAAUGUCAUCCGUCUGCGGAGUACAGAGAGAGAGAAAGGCAAAGAGUAACUCUGUGUUACAAGAAAAAUCUGAAGUCUUAUUAAGGCGCAGUAGUACCGACCUGACAGAAGAUCAGAUACCUAAAGUGAGAGGCUUUUUGCGACAGUACCCCCAUGCGUUUGCACUCAGUACCUCUGAGUUAGGUUCGACCAACGCAGUUGAGCAUGGACUUGAUGUUGGCAAUGCUCAUCCCAUAAAGGAACCUUUGCGUCGUGUCCCUUUCCAUGCUGCCGAGGAAAUAGACAAUCAUGUAAAUGAUAUGCUGGAAGAAGGGGUCAUAGAGCGCUCCUCUAUCCCCUGGGCAGCAGGUGUUGGCUCAGUCCAGAAGAAGGAUGGCAGUACUCACUUCUGUAUGGACUAA